UCUAUAAUAAGCAGCAUUUCCACACAUUACUUUCCAACAACAUUUGUUCUAGACAAGAUCUCCAUAUCUGUUCCCAAAAGCUUGUUUGUAAGAAUGGCUUCCGGUGAACAGAAAUUCCCUCCUCAACAACAACAAACACAGCCUGGGAAGGAGCAUGCUAUGACUCCAGUACCCCAAUUCACUAGCCCUGACUACAAGCCUUCAAAUAAACUUCAAGGGAAGAUUGCAUUAGUCACUGGGGGUGAUUCUGGGAUUGGACGAGCGGUGUGUAACUUGUUUGCCUUAGAAGGUGCUACCGUGGCCUUCACGUAUGUGAAGGGGCAUGAGGACAAGGACGCGAGGGACACAUUGGAAAUGAUCAAGAGAGCAAAGACUUCGGAUGCCAAGGAUCCAAUGGCAAUAGCAUCUGAUUUGGGUUACGAUGAGAACUGCAAGAGGGUGGUUGAUGAGGUCGUGAGUGCUUAUGGUUGUAUUGACAUUCUGGUCAACAAUGCAGCUGAGCAGUACGAGUGUGGAACCGUGGAGGACAUAGACGAGCCUAGGCUUGAGAGGGUCUUUCGUACAAAUAUCUUCUCCUAUUUCUUCACGGCGAGGCAUGCCUUGAAGCACAUGAAGGAAGGAAGCAGCAUUAUCAACACGACAUCAGUGAAUGCAUACAAGGGACAUGCGAAACUAUUGGACUACACGUCCACCAAGGGGGCAAUUGUGGCCUAUACAAGGGGUCUUGCCCUUCAGCUGGUGAGUAAGGGAAUUCGGGUUAAUGGGGUGGCUCCAGGGCCCAUUUGGACCCCUUUGAUACCAGCCUCUUUCAAGGAGGAAGAAACGGCCCAAUUUGGAGCGCAGGUCCCAAUGAAGAGAGCUGGUCAACCUAUUGAGGUUGCUCCUUCCUAUGUUUUUCUUGCUUCCAACCAAUGCUCCUCUUACAUAACUGGACAAGUCCUUCACCCCAAUGGUGGAACCGUUGUGAAUGGUUAAACCGUUGGUGAUGAUGAUAUUCGGGAUGAAUAUAUGUGGCGAGAGUAGUAGGCCAGUGUUACGUUUUGUGUGAAUGUUUUACGAUGUGUUUUGAGGUGGGGCUUGGAGGAUUAUCCACUCAGGUCCUCUCUGCACUGUUAGAGGUGGGGCUUGGAGGAUUAUCCACUUUUGAAUGUACGAGUUAUUAGCCUAAGAAAAUGUGUCUUUUGUAGCCAAAUAUAUGUAAACAAGUAAAAGUAUAUAAUAAAGAUCGGUAUGUAUAAGGUUUAAACUUUAAA